CGCUGAACUUGAACAUGGGUUAGGUACUGAGAAGUAUGGAAUAAAAAGGAACGGGGAUGCGAUGCUUGCUUGACUCUUGCACUUGCAAGUACUCUACUGUGCCUUAUUCUCUCUAUUGUCGACUUCUUAGACUAAAGCUAACUGGGUCUGUACUAGCUUGCUCUUGAACAAUGCCGGCAACAUCUGCCGCCGCCGCCGCCGCCGCCGCAGCCCUACGAACCACGUUAGUCUGUCUUCUCUUGUUUCCUUCGAUUCACUGCCAAUUUGCUCGCGCGACUCGGAAGAGAAGUCGGCAAUGAAUAAGAAUCUCAUCAAUCAAUCACAGCACCGACACCGCUCUCUGUGGGCGGUUCCCCAUUAACCCGGUCAGAUAUGGGGACUGCUCAGUCCAAAGACUCGGCAGCCUCUUUCGGAGGCCAGACGAUCCAUCUGGACCUCAGAUGCGUACGCGGCUGUACUGUACCUUACGAGACCUACCAGGUAGGUCGCCGUAGGCCCGGUCUACGCCGUCAGGUAGUGUGUUGUUACCUAUUAGUCGACAUUUGCCCUGCCCCUUCGGGAGUGCCUCACGGCAUUCAAUACUGGUAUGUUCACGUAAGUAUAUAUAUAUUUACUCCAGUCCCUAGGUACUCUACUGGAUCGGAUAUAUUAUCUAUCGUUGCUGGGUUGGUAUAUGGGCGAACAAUUGAAGAGUAUUCCCCUUUGAAUUGUGCCACUUCUUCGUUUCUCUAAUCUGGUGUCCGGCUGUUGAAUCUGUUGAUCUGACUUUCUAUCACGUCACUACCCUUCUCUUUCCCUUCAGACAGCAUCAGAAGUGUCCCGUCGUUGAACUGAAGACGGAGGACUCGGAGUGCUCAGGCUAGAAUUCGAAGGCUUCGGCGCUCAAAGGGUACUACUGUCCUUUGAUCACUGUUGUACUACCGAUACAACUAUCGUCAUAUCACCGAGUUGAAGUUCCAGCAUCGAUAUCAACACCAUACCACGCACGACACGACUCGGCAGCCCAAGCCCACCAAAUCUGCAACUGUACAAUCUUGGUCGUUUCACCCACUGGCAUCCCUGGUGAGUGUGUGGCACAGAAGGACAGGUAGUGAGGAGCGAGACUACAAUCAAAAUGGGGAAACUUCAACUCCACGUUGGCAUUAUCGGUGCCGGGCUCGGCGGGCUUGCUGCGGCCAUUGGGAUUGCAAGGGCCGGAGUCAAAGUGACCAUUCUGGAGCAAGCACCUCAACUUGGUGAGGUCGGAGCCGGCAUCCAAAUCCCACCCAACAGCACACGCAUCCUAGCUCGGUGGGGACUCCUCCCAGCGCUCGAAAAAGUAUCAGUGCGCCCCAACAACUUCAUUCUCCGAUCCUACAAGGACGGCGCAGUCCUAUCGACUCAACCGUUAAUUCCAUACUGCGAGGAGCGAUAUGGCCAUCCAUACCUCCACAUCCAUCGAGCAGACUACCAUCGAAUCCUAACCCAAGAAGCUGAGCGACUCGGAGUAACAGUCCGCCUAAACAGCCAAGUCACAAAAAUCGACUUCGACCGUCCCGCAGUCCACAUCAAGAACCAACCGCAACCAUUUCUAGCCGACCUAAUCAUCGGAGCGGACGGAUUGAAAUCCAUAUGUCGCGAAGCGCUUCUCGGUCGCCCUGACCCUCCCCAUCUCACAGGCGACCUGGCAUAUCGCAUCACCGUGCCCGCAGACAAGAUGAAAUCUCACCCUUUGUUGGCCGAACUAGUCGCAAAACCCAACAUCAACUACUGGAUGGGGCCUGACGUCCACGUGGUAUGUUACUUGCUUAAGGGCGGCAAUCUAUACAACAUUGUCAUUGCCUGUCCAGACAAUCUACCCGAAUUCGUGAACCAGCAAAAAGCCGACCUGCGCGAGAUGAACGAGCUAUUUGCAAACUGGGACCCCCAGUUGAGGGCCUUAGUGGCCCUGUGUCAAGAAACUUCGAAAUGGCGCCUCCAGAACUCGCGCGAGAUGAUCAGCUGGUCACACCCCUCGGGUCGGUUCACGCUCCUCGGUGACGCCUGCCACGCUACAUUGCCGUAUUUGGCCCAAGGUGCCGCGCAGGCUGUUGAAGAUGGCGCCGUGUUAGGUCACUUGUUUGAGAAAAUCGAGCACGUCCACCAAUUACCUGAUUUGACUGCGAUUUAUGAAACUGUCCGCAAACCGAGAACCACGCGAGUUGUGCAAGGUAGUUCGCAUUUAGGUCAGAAGAUUUUCCAUUUACAUGAUGGCCCGAGGCAAAUGGAACGAGAUCGCCAGUUGCGUGAGUACCAGGAUGAUCCGUUCGAGGGGUAUCAGAACCGAUGGCGUGAUCCGGUCUUUCAGCCGUUUUUGUUCGAUUAUGAUGCUAAACAGGUCGUUGAUGAUGCUUGGGAUGUUUAUACACAGGGGAAGUUUCCGGGUACGAUGGGCAAAUUUGCAGAGUUGCUUGAGAAGAAACAACAGCGGACUCAAGGUGAGGAGGGGGAAACGGGGAGUGAUGAACUCGAUGAAUUGCGCAGGCAUGAGUUUCGUGUCGCUGGACCGGGGCCCCAGCUUGUGUCGAGGGCUAAAGCUUCGAAGUUGUGAUAACGUUUGACAAUAUGGCCACGGCUGGGCUACUAGUAGGUAGGUAGACUCCUAAUAUUAAACGAGCCUCGCUUUCCUUUCAAUAAUUUUGCAUGGCAUGGCGUUUUCUGGUCACUGUGUCCAGACAGGGCUGGAGGUUUCGAUGUACAUCACCCACAACAUGGACGCCCCGUCAGAGGGUGAAGAAAGGACGAACACCCGGGAUUGAAG